AUGAUGCUUGAAGAGCAGCCUGUUGAUAACCCUUCGACAAUAAAUUUAGUUGAAAAUGGUCCUAUUAUCUGUGUUGAUUCCCCUCUUCCCGAUACUUCUACCGAUCAAAUCGUGAUAGAAGAUGAAGAAACUUUGAUGGAAGGUUUUGUUACAAUUUCGCAAAGUCCAUCGACUACGCCUUUGAAUUCUCCCCCACAAAAUUUCAAUGCCAUAACUCUUCCAAAAAAAUUAGACAAACGUUCUAUCGAUCUAUCUGAUUUAAUUUUAGAUAAUCCUUCCAAAAAAUCAAAAGAUUACACUGAAUCUGUUGCGCGAGGUUAUUUAUAUCUUGCCAAAUUCAGAGAAUGGAAAAAUAAUGAUGGUUCAUAUUUUCCGAUAUCAGUUAUGAAUCUAUGUAAUUAUUUACGUGUCAAAAUGUUAACUAAUAAUAUAAAAAGUUUGGAUUGGAAUAUUGGCGCUCUUGGUAAAUAUCAAAAAAAUGUAUUAAAUAUUCAAAAUUGGAACGAUAUAAGACUUCAUCAAGAUGUUAGGGAUUUAAUGAACCAAAUUCGUGAAGAAAAAAUGAGGGUGGGUAAUGUAAAAAAAAUCAAUGGGAAUAAUGCAAAUGGUGAGAACAAAAUUAAAAAAAUGAAAGGGAAAGAUUCGUCAGUAUUAUCUUCCUAUAGUGGAUCAUCAUCUCCUUCCCCAACGCCUCUUUCGAAUGAUAAUCGAAAAAAGAAACGUUUAGCACGAUCAAAAAGUGCUUAUGACCGUGUGAAAUCGUCUUCAAAUGAUCAUGAAAUUAUCCAGAAUUUUGGUUCUGCAAGUGUUGCUCCAUUUCCAUUUCCGCAGAUGCAAUUUUCUGGCGUUGAUUUACCUUAUGUUAUUAAAUAUAUACCCGAAUGCGAAGGAACCGAAAUUUCUCACACUAUGCUAUCUGUCAGUGGUGAAUCUUCUCAAACACCGAUACCAGAAGAAUCAAUGAUUUCUUUAAUAUCUACGCAGGAUAAUGUGGACGUUUCUUCGACUUCAAUAGAGAUCGGUGUACAAAAAGAGAUAAUCCGAGAAGAUGAGGAGGCGUCAGGUGAUGAUUUUGUCGAAACGGAUUUACCGGUCGCCGAAGAAUUGGAUGAAUUUUCCAAGAGACAUGCUGUUAAA